GCACCACGGCUGACCCCUCCGGUUUCUGCGUGCGAUGCCACGUUAGUAGCGGUAGACACAAAAUACCAGCUACUCUCCCAACCUUAAACAAGGAAAAGACCAGAACGAAGACCAUUUCUCCAGCUUAGCCGUCGCCCACUGUGUCUGCAGGUCCCGUCUCUCUGUGUAGAAGAACGCUCGACAACAAUAAUGUUGAAGUUUCUGCUCGUGUGUACACUGGCUGUGGCCAGCAGAGCUGAGAUCACUGAGGAGGAAGAUGUCCUGGUGCUCAAGAAAAGUAACUUCGACGAAGCUCUCAAAGCACAUCCCAACCUUCUGGUUGAAUUCUAUGCCCCAUGGUGCGGUCACUGCAAGGCCCUGGCUCCAGAGUACGCCAAGGCUGCUGGCAUGCUGAAGUCUGAGGGCUCUGAAAUCCGUCUGGGUAAAGUAGACGCAACAGAAGAGACUGAACUGGCCCAAGAAUAUGGCGUACGAGGAUACCCCACCAUCAAAUUCUUCAAGGGUGGAGAGAAGGGGUCACCCAAAGAGUACUCUGCUGGCAGACAGGCAGAUGAUAUCGUCAGCUGGUUGAAGAAGCGCACAGGCCCAGCAGUCGCCACCCUGGCAGAAGUCACCAAGGCCGAGUCUCUGAUCGCUGACAAUGAGGUGGCAGUCAUUGGAUUCUUCAAGGAUGCUUCAUCCCCUGGUGCUCAAGCCUAUGAAAAAGCAGCUGAGGCCAUCGAUGACAUUCCCUUUGCCAUGACCUCAGAUGAUGCUGUGUACUCCAAGUUUGAAGUGUCCAAGGACAGCGUUGUCCUCUUCAAGAAGUUUGAUGAGGGCCGUAAUACCUUUGAUGGAGAGCUGACCAAAGAAAACCUCCUGGCUUUUGUCAAGGCCAACCAGCUGCCUCUGGUCAUUGAGUUCACUGAGCAGACUGCCCCUAAAAUCUUUGGUGGAGACAUCAAGUCCCACAUCCUGCUGUUCUUGCCCAAAGCUGCUUCAGACUUCCAGGACAAAAUGGACCAAUUUAAGAAGGCGGCAGAGGGAUUCAAGGGGCGGAUCCUGUUCAUCUUUAUCGACAGUGACGUUGACGACAACCAGCGCAUCCUGGAGUUCUUUGGCCUGAAGAAAGAGGAGUGCCCCGCCAUCCGCCUCAUCACUCUGGAGGAUGAGAUGACCAAGUACAAGCCUGAGUCUGAUGACAUCACAGCAGAAAGCAUCACAGAGUUCUGCACUAAGUUCACAGAGGGCAAACUGAAGCCUCACCUUAUGAGCCAGGACAUCCCUGAAGACUGGGACAAGACCCCAGUCAAGGUCUUGGUCGGCAAGAACUUUGAGGAGAUUGCCUUCGAUCCAACAAAGAAUGUAUUUGUGGAAUUCUAUGCACCUUGGUGUGGACACUGCAAACAGCUGGCCCCCAUUUGGGAAAAGCUGGGAGAGAAAUAUAAGGAUAGCGCUGAUACCAUUGUGGCCAAGAUGGACUCCACAGCCAAUGAGAUCGAGGCAGUCAAAGUCCACAGUUUCCCCACUCUUAAAUUCUUCCCUGCAGGAGAGGAUCGCAAGGUGAUCGACUACAAUGGGGAGAGAACACUGGAAGGCUUCACAAAGUUCCUGGAGAGUGGUGGCAAGGAGGGCGGGGCCCCUGCAGGAGACGAUGAUGACGAUCUGGAUGCAGAGGACUUGGAUGAUGUGGACGAAGGACAGGAUGAGGACUCAGACGGAGAGGAUGAUGGACAUGAUGAGUUGUAAGAGCUGGAAGAGGAGAGAGAGAGAGAAGAGAGGAGACAUGCCCCGCCCCUCCCCAACCUUUCCACCAGUCACCAUCACCUUCACCUUCUUACAGCCCCUCCCUGUCCUACGAACAUUAAUACUUCCCCUUUAACUGCCUCUCGGUCCGUCAGUGGUCUGGUAGCCAGCUCGUCCAUCAGUGGCGUGGCCGGAGCGUUUCGCCACCUCACAUCUCCACCCUUGUCACUUGUGGCUGGACUGGUUUGGUCCCAGCUGGCAGGGCUCUGUGGAACAGACCACCACCUCUAUGGAGACCUCAAUGCCUUCUCUACAAAGCUCCACAUCAGCUGUUUGCCUUGAGUAUUUUAAACCAAAUGUAAAAAUGGCAUUGAAAUCCAGUUUUCAAAAAUGUUCUGUUUUUCUUCCGGUCGCUCCCCUCCUUCCUCUUGCCAUUGUUCACUGUGGGUAAGAGUUCAACCAGUCAUGUGACCUGUACAUGUCCAUACCUAAAGGGGGGUGCUGCCAGUGUUCAUUUCCCUGGGAUCAGAGUCCACAGGACCUGGUUCCUGGUGGUUUUUGGAAGGACUGAUGUCUCAGGGGACAUGGGGCCAUCCUAUCAGUGUGUUUGUAUUUAAGUCUUCACUAUUACUACCCUCACCUCAGAGCUUGUCCAGUGUAGCACAAAGCCCCUCCCCUUUCCCUUUUCCCUCCCCCCAUUCUGUAGCUGAGACCAAUUCUUUCUUUAUGUUCGUGUGGGGGAAGUCUACUUUUCUUUUUCUUCAUUCCCAAAUAACUUCUCAGUACAGUGUCCUCGUUUCAGCACGGCUGCUGACUUUUUCUAAAAUGGAACAAAGGUUAACUUUUUUUGGGGAAAAUCCUGUUAUUUAAUUGCUAUCACUGAGUAUUUCUUUUGUUUUUUUUUUUAAUUUAGGUUUUGUCAUUUUUAAUGUACCAUUGUGCCCAGCUGUGGUCAGUUGGCCUGUGGGGGCAGUCGGUCAGUCGGCCCUUGGACACACUACUCUCAGACCUGGGCCGGUUUGUGAACCCAGUUCUGACAGGUUGCACUGCGUUCACGCCUAAGCAGAGAUUCCUUGCGGUUACUAAAGCAGACAGAGAUUGGUACGGUUUACAGGUCAGGUUGGUCCGAGAGAAGUGUCUGUUAAAUCUGAAGCGUAUGAGGGAGCAGACGCACAGCCUCACCCCCCCCACCCAUACUGUACCUCCCACAUCCCCUUUGACUCACUUUCCUCGUUGCCACAGGUGUGUGUGUGUGUGUGUGUGUGUGUGUGUGUGUGUGUGUGUGUGUGUGUGUGUGAGUGUGGGUUGGCGGGGAGGGUUGAGCACAGUAAGGGGAUGGGUUCAACAACUGUACAACGGUGGGGGAACCUCAACAAAGCAUUCCAUCAUAUCCAAAUUGAUGUGGAAACGUGAAAUGGUGGCCAAUAAAAAGAAGAAAAAAACCCAAA